GUUCUGUCGGUGUUCAGGAAGGUGUUCGGGGAGGACUCUGAGCCGUACAGCGGCUCCCGGCAGUUCCACAUCACUCCUCUCAACCUGCAGGUGGGCUUCUCCGUCCUGCAGCGCAUUGGUGGGGCCCCUGUGGCCCUGGAUCCCCCCCUGUCCAUCACACACCAGGUGCUGCGGCCCCUGGAGUCCCUGAUGAAGUGUGUGGAGAUGGGCUGGAUGACCAUACUGGUGGGCCCCACAGCCAGCGGGAAGACCAGCCUGGCCCGCCUGCUGGCUCUGCUGACGGGACACCGCCUCAGGGUGCUGGCCAUGAACAGCGCCAUGGACACCACGGAGCUGCUGGGGGGGUUCGAACAGGUUGAUAUCAUGCGGCCAUGGCAACAGGUUCUGGAGAGCGUGGACUACAUAGUUGCUAAUGUAAUAAGGCGUGGCCUGAUGUCGCUGGAUGUGGGAAUCCAGGACACGGAGUUCCUGCUGCAGACCUGGGGUCUGUUCUGCCACUGGCUGAAGGAGGAGAGGCAGCAGAGGACGGGGGGGACCAUCAACUCAGAGGCUCUGAACAAGCUGGAGGUCAUCAUCCUGCUGCUGCAGAAACUCAACACAAAGCUCAAAGUUUUCACUGACAUGUCCAAACUGCAGCUGGACUUCACGCUGCUGAAGGAGCGCCUGGCUCAGCUGGAGGACGGCUGGACCAACGGAGGCUUCGAGUGGCUCGACGGGAUGCUGGUCCAGGCCCUUCAGGCCGGGGACUGGCUGCUCAUGGACAACGUCAACUUCUGCAGUGCCUCCGUCCUGGAUCGCCUCAAUGCUCUGCUGGAGCCCGGUGGAUCUCUCACCAUCAACGAACGAGGCGUCAUAGACGGGAAGACCCCCAAAAUCACACCUCAUCCUAACUUCAGGUUGUUCCUCACCAUGGAUCCUGUUCAUGGGGAACUCUCCAGAGCCAUGAGGAACAGAGGGGUGGAGAUAUACAUCCCAGGGGAACAUGAGGGGGUCUGCUGGGACACACUGGACCUGAAGACCCUGCUUCACACUGCGGGGGUGACCGGGGACUGUGUGUGUGAUCUGCUAAUAGGAAUACAUAAAAGUAUCAAAACCGCCAUUUGGGAUUCCCCGGCCUCCUCAGUGGCCUCCCUCCUCCAUGCGGCCUCCCUGCUGUCCUGCCAGCUGCAGAGAGGCGUGGAUCUACCCAGCGCCCUGCAGCAUGCCUGUGGAGAGGCCUACUCUCAGUGCCAGCGCACCAACACCAACCAAAAGCAAGCCCAGCUGCUGAUAGAGCAGCAGCUGGCCAUCCUGGACACAGAGGACUGGGGGAGUGGGCUCCUGUGUGCGGGGGUCUGGCCCGACGGCUUCCCCUCCGCCCUCCUCUCCACCGAGGACUCCUGCUUCUCCGCUGUCCUCCGAGACGGACAGGUCCUCUCAUUCUGCCUGAACACCCUCAGCCUGCAGGGCAAACGGAGCCGCCCCCUGAGCCUGAGUGACCUGCGCAGGGCCCUGCAGGGCAGCGGGGUCCAUGAAGGCCUGAGUUUCUCCGGGGGGGUGGUGGAUCUGGCAGAGGGAGACGCUCUUCGGCUGAUCCCCACCGCAGUGAGGCUGCUCACUGAGAGGGCCUCUCACGGGGACUGGAUCCUCCGCAGCAGCUGGCUCUCACACCUCGGAAAGAGCUACAAGCAGGCCCCUGACUCAGCUCUGGUGCAGGUGGAGGCAGGGAACCGGGCCCUGAAGGCGGUGUUCGGGGGCAAACUGGCUACCAAGGGCAAGUCCCUGACUCAGCUGCUGCAGCCCCACAGCACAGAUGAAUACAGGAUUCUUGUGGACAUGCGAUGGAACAAGCAGUACCUGGACAUUUUAGCCAACAAGUGCAACUUUGAGGACGAGGAACGAUACACAGAGUUCCUUGAGGCCCUGAACGCAGUUGCCAACAG